CGCGCCCCUACACACGAGCCAGGAAGGGAACGGGGAGUUAACGUCGAGAAAGAAGAGAGGAGUCGAGGCGGCUGGAAGACGUGCUCGUCGGACACAUUGUCUCCCGUUUAGUCCUCUUGAAAAUGGCUUAUCACAGUCCUUACAGAGCUCCCCCGCAUAUCAACACCCCUCCGGAUCAGAGCUUUCUGUGGAAUAUCUUCCAGAGGGUGGACAAGGACCGCAGUGGGGUGAUAUCGGACUCGGAGCUCCAGCAGGCCUUAUCCAAUGGCACGUGGACGCCGUUCAACCCUGUGACGGUGCGCUCCAUAAUCUCCAUGUUCGACAGGGAAAAUAAGGCCGGGGUGAACUUCAACGAGUUUGCAGGCGUGUGGAAAUACAUCACGGAUUGGCAGAACAUCUUUCGUACCUACGACAGGGACAACUCGGGCUUCAUCGACAAGAACGAGCUCAAACAGGCACUGACCGGAUUCGGUGAGCUGCAAAGCUAUCGCCUAUCGGAUCAGUUCUACGGUACGCUGAUCGAGAAGUUUGAUCGACAGAGGAAGGGACAGGUGGCCUUCGAUGACUUCAUCCAGUGCUGUAUCGUACUUCAGAGGUUGACGGAUGUUUUCAGAAGGUACGACACAGACCAGGAUGGCUGGAUCCAGGUGUCCUAUGAACAGUAUCUAUCCAUGGUCUUCAAUAUAGUGUAAUGGCACACUAACGCGGCCAAGAGGAGCACAACUAACUGGACAGAAUUGUGCACUUGCCGGAUGUCCGCCAUGAUGGACGCUACAAGAUUCCUCCCCCAAACCUCAAUGACAGCUGACCCGACGUUGGCCCUCGCUCACGCACAUUUAUAGGGUUGACGCAAACGAGAGAAUAGCCAAGGUGUGUCCGAAAAGUUCUGGGAUUGGCGACACAAAAUAUAUUUCAAACACAAUCCUCCCUGGGGUCGAUAAUGCACUUUCCCAUCCUUCAGCACUCCUGGGAGGAUUCUUCCGUUGCCCCUCUUGAGCUUGGUCACAAAGGAGAAAUCACACAAAGUCAGGCCAGGCCGAGUAGGGAGAUGACGUCAGGCCAGCCACGUUCUUCUCAGACAGGAACUGUCAGAUGCUCAGGGUAUUGUGAGCAGGCAUGCUUUCAUGGUGACGCAGCCACAAGUGGUCCUGCCGCAACUUUCGCCUCCUCUCGCGCACUAAAUGAAGCAAGGUGGUGUGCUCGAAUUGACCGUUUGUGUGGACAACAUUCAGGGCGCUCAGAGUUAGUAGCUGGGGUUUCGAAUAUAUCUUUAGUGACCCCAGUCCUGGAACUUUGCUGACAUACCUCAUCUUAGAGGCCUUUUGCGUCUGUCCCUCGCCCUCUCCCAAGUUGCAAGUGCGAACGUUUAUGUACCGGUAUUUAAAAAAAAAAAAAAAAAUCUUGUCGUGUUUUGCAAGAGUACCAGUCCAUAUUUAUGUAUGUAUGGGGCACUCCAAAUUAGGGAUUACAGUGGUGUCUUGAGAUAUGAGUCACCCAAUAGAAAUGUUUUUAGAUCAGAUACGAGCCAUCAUUUGGCCUUUUUUUUCUUCUUUGACUUGCACGCUCAAAUUUGCGAUACGAGCGUUUUAUGGUGUCAUUGAAGUCAAGUCGAGUGACCUCACGAUAGCGCCGAGUGUCUGUGUGAAACGGUGUGCGAUGAUUUAGAGCAAGCAAGCAAUUUGAGUCGCGAUCAGCUUUAGGGAACGUGUGCCAUAGAAGCCCUUUCUGCCUGUUGUUUGUUUGGCUACCGGAGAUUCCCACGCCAUCCCAGUGGAUGGCUCUCCUGCAUCCCCCCCUUUCCAAGGUCAGGCGAGACAAAUUUUGGCAACCUAUCGUGGAUUCCACUUGGUCUGCAUGCCAACUAAAAUCCUCACAAUAGGCCGACAUCACUUAUCCAGCUAGCUAGCAACGCUUUUUGGGCGGGCAAAGAUGAUUUAUUCCCGCUAUGUGCGCGAUAAACAUGGAAAUCAUCAAAUCGAAAACCGUGGGAUUCGUAACAUCUCAAUGAACUGCGUAUCCUACUUGUCUUUCGUACACUGCCCCCAAAUGGCCAAGGCAUGCGCACCGAUGGAGCAGGCAUAUCAUGCCAAAUCAACCUUUUCUUUUUUGUCUAGCUCUCAGCUUUGUUAAAAUGCCAAUUCCUCAGCAAAAACACCCUCAAGGUGGUGUUUUUCCUCCCUUCUUGCUCAUGCCUCCUCUUGAAGCGCCAACGCCCACCCAUCCAUCACAAAAAGUGAGGAGCCGCCCAUGCAGACGAACCACACCCGCCAUCUCGCUCAGAGCAACUUGCCCGUGCAACUUGAGCUCACUUGUGGCUGUUCUGAUUUCGGUACUUUUCAAAUAAAUUGUCAAAUGUUUCCAUUGAGUCAAGCCGGGACGGAGUUUUUGUGAACCAGGGGUCUUUCGGCUUGUAAAAGUAAUUUCAAACAAUUUAGAUCGCCCUUGGGCCAAAGGAAAUAUGGAAUCAUAUACCGUAUAUGGCUCUAAUUAACUUUGGAAAGCUUCAAGUAGCUUGGCACAGACCCUUUAAUUGAUGUGGUGGGACCAAAAAAAAAAACGUUACAUUC